CGCGCCGCUUUACGACAGCCGGGGGCAGCUUUGCGGCCGGUGGUGCCGUACGGCGAGCGGGGCCCGGCGGAGCGCGGGCCGGGGCCGCCAUGGCCAGCACGAUGGUGGCGGUGGGCCUGACCAUAGCGGCCGCGGGAUUUGCAGGUCGCUAUGCAGUAAAAGCUAUGAAGCAAAUGGAGCCACAAGUGAAACAAGCGCUUCAGAACCUGCCAAAACCUGCCUUCAGCGGUUAUUACAGAGGUGGAUUUGAACCCAAAAUGACUAAACGAGAAGCAGCUUUAAUACUAGGAGUGAGCCCUACAGCCAACAGAAGUAAAAUCCGAGAAGCCCAUAGACGGAUCAUGCUUCUGAAUCAUCCAGAUAAAGGUGGCUCUCCAUAUGUAGCAGCCAAAAUCAAUGAAGCUAAAGAUUUGCUGGAAGACCAAGCUAAAAAAUGAAUGAGAGAAAAAAUCACGAGGGUUUGUCCAUGCAAAUGAUUAUUUUUGAUAAACGGCUUAAGAAAAUUUCUAAUGUCAAUCGCUGACUUAAUAUAAAUUAAGCUGGAAAUACGGAUCCAGGGAGAUCCUUCCCUCCCCACUCACCUCUUAGUUGUUUUUUGGGGAAAUGUUUAAGGGGGGGGUGAGGCUUGAGGUUUUUUUCAUAGCUGUUCUUCAUUAAGCAGCAAAAUCUGCCACUCAGACAUAUUCUCCAUGUAGAAGAGCAAUGGUUUGGCCAGUGCAUGUUACCAGCUACAGGUAGCCUGACACGCUGCUACCUGAUUUUUGUUAAACUAGCUGUGUUUGAAGUCGAUGCUGCUGCUCUUUCGUAUGCCAAAGUUAGCAUGAUGGACCGGUUUGGGGAGGGGGCGGAAAAAAUCCAGGCGGCUUUAUUGGGUGGGAUGAAUUGGGACAGAUGUGUGGUUGUCUCCGAGUGAAGAAAUAAAAUACAGGAAACACUGUACCCUGUUGUCUUUUGCCUUGUGACAAACAAGGCUGGUUGAGCUUCUGAAGCGUUACUGAUGGGUCUGGAACGGCCCAGGUUUUUUAGCAGCUUUCAAUUUUUAAUGGCUUUUCUAGCACUUAAUAAAUUUGAGGUUUGUAAUUCA